GCAAAAGGAAAAAAGGGCAUGCAAGGUUAUAAUAUAUACCUAUGUGGUGGUACGAUGGAGACAGUCAGUGGGUCCGUAAUCGGGUAAAGGAACCCGACCCGUCUCGAUGAGAUUGAGGUCGAGGAGGAGAACCUCGUAAUGUCGCCUGGCUUCGUCGGCCGAUUUCCCUCCGACGGCGUCUGCUACUUUCUGCCAUCUCUCCGGCGUCUCCUUGUCGUACUUCGCCAACGCUCUCUCGAACUUCUUGUUCUCCCUCUUCGUCCACGUUCCUGAACUCAUCCUCUCUCUCUCUCUCUCUCUCUCUCUCUCUCCUCCCCUCUCUCUAUAUAUACACACACACACAUGGAUACGCGAUGCAGAUAUAUUUAAUUCAUUGCCAUUGAUCUGAUCUUCACAAAGUUCCAAUUUUUUUCCAUCGGUGUAGAACCCGAUAACAAAAAAUGAAGGGCCACAUGUUCUGUGCAUCGCAAGCAUCGACGGCCAUUUGUUUGAGCACCGACCACGUUCACAAACCCAACACCUCCUCCGCCGAAGAACGCGGUGACGGAGGAAGAGCCAUCGACCGCCACAACCCCGUCAUCAAAGAAGUCGGUCGGAGAUCGUUUACCGUCGCGCCAUGCUCCUCCGUCGACGAUGUCCCUUACAUCCUGCUGCAAAAGACCAAAAUGCCCUCCACCGCCGGUGACGUCAACAGCAUCAGGAAGCUCCACAAGGGCAGGAAGAGCUCCGCCGUCCGGAGCAGUGGCAGCGGCGGAGGUACGGCGGCGUCGUUGUUCAAGCUCAUCGCCGAUGAUAUCAGUCUCGGGAGGAAGAGUUUGAGCUGCUCGAGAGCUGUUCCCGGUUCUUCGAGGUAUCUUUUGGGUUCGGACCCGGAUUCUGUUUCCGGGUCACUGAGUCGCGACUCGGUUUCCGGAACUUCUGAACCGAAGAGAGGAUCCGAUGACGCAGUUCAAGAGGGAGAGUCAGAGAAGAAAACUUCUUCAUCCUCUUCAGAACAGGUGGUGGUUCUGAGAGUGUCUCUCCAUUGCAAAGGCUGCGAAGCAAAAGUGAGGAAACAUCUAUCCAGAAUGCAAGGUGUGACAUCCUUCAACAUAGAUUUCACUUCAAAGAAGGUGACUGUGACCGGAGACAUCACUCCCUUGGAGGUCUUAGCAAGCAUUUCAAAGAUCAAAAGUGCCCAGUUCUGGACAUCAUCACUCCCAAAUGCAAAUCUUGAAACUUCAGAACAGUAGAGCAUUCAUUGGCCUCUGCAACUCUGUUAAAGAGAAUCCAUGGCAAUGGCUGCCUAAACCUGACCUUGGCUUUUGAUGUUCAUCAAGAAAGACGGAAAGUUUUCUUACUUGGGCAAAGCUCCUUAUUUUCAUCAUAUCAUUUGAUGGAGCAUGAAACUGUCAUUACAUGUUGCAUUUUCAGUUUGUGUAUACAUAUAAUGUGCCUUUCUAGAC